GUGGUGGACGUGUCUGCAACACCGGCGGGAAACGAAAGCAGUAAACACAGAGCUUCACACUGAGGCGAAGUCAUGGCGCUGUACGGGAAAAGGAAAAGAAUAAGUCAUAUGUUAACCAGCUCACAGCCCUCCAGCAGUCAGUCCACGCUACCCUGUGCUACACACACGCAGCUGGGAGCUGAGCAGCGCUUCGUACAGGGAUCUAUCGUCCGCAUUACUAUGCAAAACUUCCUCACAUACGAUCACUCAGAAGUGUUUCCUGGUCCAAACCUGAACAUGAUUGUGGGAGCAAACGGAACCGGAAAAUCCAGUAUAGUCUGUGCGAUCUGUCUGGGCCUGGCGGGAAAAACAGCAGUGUUGGGCCGAGGGGACAAGGUGGGACUGUACGUGAAGAGAGGAUGCACUAAAGGCUCAGUAGAAGUAGAGUUGUACAGAACUGCUGGAAACCUGGUGAUUACCCGUGAGAUAAUUGUGGAGAAUAAUCAGAGUGUGUGGAUGAUUAACCACAAACACACAAGUCAGAAGGUGGUAGAGGAGGCAGUGAAGGAGCUCCACAUUCAGGUCGGGAAUCUGUGUCAGUUCCUGCCUCAGGAGAAGGUUGGUGAAUUUGCUAAGAUGAGUAAAAUAGAGCUCCUGGAGGCCACAGAGAAAUCUGUCGGUCCACCGGAAAUGUACAGCUUCCACUGUGAUCUAAAGAACUGCCGCAGUAAAGAAAGGGAUCUGGAGAAUUUGUGUAAAGAAAAGGCCAAUUUCCUGGAGAAAGCCCGGCAGAGGAACGAGCGCAACAAGGGGGACGUGGAGCGCUACCACAUGAGGAGGAGGCAUCUUGAUAGGAUCCAAAUGCUGGAGAAGAAGAGGCCCUGGGUGGAGUACGAGACGACUCGUAAGGAACUGGAGGAAGUAAAGAAACAGAGAGAAGACAUGAAGAGGAAUGUGAAGUCGCUGAAGGAAGCACAGACGCCCCUGCUAAGAAAAAUCCAGUCAAUUGAGGGCCAGCUGCAGCCCAUCGAGAACCAGAUGAAGGAGAAGACUGUCAAAAUCAAAGAGGCUUCACAGAAAUGUAAACAGAAACAGGACCAACUGGACUGGAAAUAUAGAGAGAUUGAAGACAUUAAGCAACGUCUGAGUCUGAAGCGGACAGGGGAGGCGGAUCGGCAGAAACGAAUCGGGAUGACGCAGAAUAUGAUUCAGGACUUGCAGAAGGAGCUGGACAACAUGGGUAGCCAGGAGGAUGUAACUCCCAAGAUCGAGGCAGUUAACUCUGAGCUCAGGAGCAUCCAGGCAGAGAAAUCCAGGCUGGAUGGAGAACGGCAAGAUCUGAGGCGAGAUAAAGACGAGGCUACGGGCGAGCUGAGACGUUUGCAGAAUAGUCUGCGCCGUUUGGAGGACAUGAUAAACAGGAAGGAGGAGAUGCUGCGUAGCCGUUUCCGUGACACCCACACGGCUAUGCUGUGGCUAAGGAAAAACCGUCAUCUCUUUGAGGGGAAUGUGUACGAGCCCAUGAUGUUGGUGAUCAAUGUACGAGACCCACGGCAUGCGAAAUAUGUGGAGAGUCACGUCCCUCUGAAUGACCUGAAGGCCUUUGUGUUCCAGAAGCAGCAGGAUAUGGAAAAGUUUAUGGCAGAAGUUCGAGAUAGACAGAGACUUCGAGUGAACAGUGUUAUUGCUCCUACAGAAUCGUGUGCUAAUCGACCGCCGUUACGACCCAUAGACUCCCUCAAGCGUUUUGGGUUCUUUUCCUACCUACGAGAGCUGUUUGAUGCCCCAGAUGAGGUGAUGAGCUACCUGUGCAAUCAGUAUAGAAUUAAUGAUGUACCUGUGGGGACGGAGAGGACCAAGAACAUGAUCGAGAUGGUGAUCAGAGAAUCUCAGAUGAGGACCAUCUACACUGCAGAGGAGAAGUACAUGGUGAAGAAGUCCACGUACUCUAACAGGACCAUUUCCAGUAACUCUGCCCUUCGGCCCUCUCAGUUCCUCAGCAUGACCAUCGAUGCAGAUGAGAGACGGAAGCUAGAAGACCAGCUCAGUGCAGCUCAGCAGCAGGUCCACGCCGUUGACACUCGCAUGAGCGCUAAUCAGGAGCAGCAGGUCAGGCUGGAUCGCCGUGACAAUGAGCUCCGGGCUGAGAAGAAGCGUCUGUCGGAGCUAAAGGGGAAAAGGAGACAGCUGGAGCAGAAGAUCAGCACCAAGCAGGACAGUUUGAAGCAGAUGCAGCAGGCUGGAAUCGAUCUUCAGAAAGAAGAGGAUGAAGCCAAUGCCAGGAUCAAUCAUGUAAACGAGCAGAAGGUGGCCACAGUGGAGGAAUUUCUGCAAUACAUGAAGCACAGAGCAAGGCUGAGCAUGGAGAAGGUGUACUUGGCACUGGAGACAGCAGGGCUCAGUGCUGAGAAGACCAAACUGGAGUCUGACUGCAGAGAAGGAUCAGCUGAGCUCAGAAGAGCAGAGCAAUUGUUUACUGAGCUGGACCAGAGGAAGGUGAGUCUGCUGGAGACGUGUAAGAGACUGAUGAGGAGAGCGAGUGAGAUCUGUAACAUGAACCCAGGAGAGACUGUAGUACCAGAGAUCCUGCAAACGGCAUUUAGUGAGCUGCCCAACACUCUGGGUGAGAUUGAUGCCAUGUUGGAUGAAGAGAAGGCCAGAGCAGAAGGGUUCGCCGACCUCAGUGAAAGAGUGGUGGAGGAAUAUAACCAGAGAGAGAGGGAGAUAAAGGAGAUGGAGAAGGAGCUGGAGGAGAAGACCAAAGAUCUGAACACCUACAGACAGAACAUCUCUGAGGCAAAGGAGCGCUGGCUGCUUCCUCUCAAGCUGCUGGUGGAUCAGAUUAAUGAGAAGUUCAGUGACUUCUUUCGCUCCAUGAACUGUGCUGGAGAAGUCGACCUUCACUCUGAGAAUGAGGAGGAGUACGAUAAAUAUGGGAUCCGUAUCCGGGUGAAGUUCCGCAGCAGCACUCAGCUACAUGAGCUCACACCUCACCAUCAGAGCGGCGGUGAGCGUAGCGUCUCCACCAUGUUAUACCUCAUGGCUCUGCAGGAGCUCAACCGCUGCCCCUUCAGAGUCGUCGAUGAGAUCAACCAGGGGAUGGACCCGGCCAAUGAGAGGAGAGUGUUCGACAUUGUGGUGAAAACAGCGUGCGGUGGCAAAACCUCACAGUAUUUCUUCAUUACACCAAAGCUCCUUCAGGAUUUGAAGUACGCAGAUGAGAUGACUGUCCUGUGUGUCCAUAACGGCCCCUACAUGCUUCCAACUAAUAAAUGGAACGACAAGGCCUUCAUCAGACGUGUUAAACGGCGGAGCAACCAGUAACAGUCUGUUUACUUCCAUCUUAUCCAACAGUGCCUCCUGGUUCUCUGUAAAAUCCUCAUGAUCUAUUUAUAUUUUAUAUAUAUUUGUAUUGUCCACAGGGAUUUUUGUACAUGUCUAUUUCUAAAGAGUUAAAGAAUAAAGUUAAUAUUUGUA